AUGGAUCCAACAACAUUUGAAAUUUUAUUAAAUAAAGUACACCAAAAGAUACAACGUUCAAACACCAUAAUGAGAGAAGCMAUACCUGCUCGUGUAAAGUUACAAGUUACUUUAUCAUAUUUAGCUACAGGUAACAGUUAUCAAAAUUUACAACAAUCUUUUCGAAUUUCAAGAGCAGCUAUUUCAAAGUUUAUUCCAGAAGUAUGCGAUGCAAUAUAUGAGGCUUUGGGAGAUUUUAUAAAGGUGCCUAGUACACAUGAAGAAUGGAAAGUUAUCGAAGARGGUUUCAAUAAAAGAUGGAAUUUCCCAGGAUGCUAUGGUGCUAUUGAUGGGAAGCACAUCAAUAUUCGUGCCCCUGCAAAUUGUGGAAGCUAUUAUUUCAACUACAAGGGUUAUAAUAGCGUUGUUCUUAUGGAAAUUGUUGAUGAUAAUUAUUGCUUUAGAUAUGUUAAUGUGGGGUGUAAUGGAAGAUUUUCAGAUGGAGGAGUUUUCCAAAAUUGUGAAAUAUCUAAAGCAUUAGAAAAUAAUCUGUUUCCAAAUGGAGGCUUUAUAGUAGGAGAUGAUGCAUUUCCUUUAAAACCCUAUUUAUUAAAACCAUACUCUCGGAAACAAUUAACAUUGUCAGAAAAAAUAUUUAAUUACAGGCUAUCUCGUGCAAGACGCAUUGUAGAAAAUGCUUUUGGCAUCUUAGUUGGAAAGUUUCGUGUUUUUGAAAAACCAAUUGCUUGUGAUGUUUCAACAGUUGACAAAAUUAUUCUUGCUUGUUGUGCAUUACACAAUUGGCUAAGAAUAACAAAUAAAAAUUAUUUUUAA